AUGCCGCUCCAUCCUCCCCUCCCCGCCGCGUCGGCCCUUGUCAGCGUCCUGCCUCAGGGACCGUCGACGACUUCGAUGUUGAGACGGUCAUUGUUAUAUGUGUCGUCCUUUCCGCUGCACCCACGCCGUCGUCGAUUCCACGCGUCACGAUUCAACGGUGUCGAGGCAACACAGAACCACUAUGAAAGACUGAAUGUGCGACACGAUGCCUCGCCGGCCGAGAUCAAACGGUCCUUUUACGCCCUCUCGAAAACCCACCAUCCCGAUGCCAACCCUACCGGCCCCCGAGCUGGUGAUGUCUUCGCCCUUCUGUCCGAGUCGUACACGGUGCUGUCGGAUCCCCCGCGCCGCGCCGCCUACGACCGCGACGUGCUGCGUCUGCAUCAACACCAGCACCACCUUCAUCACCAUCACGCCUCCUCCCAUCGGGGCUCGUACGCGAGCACCAGCUCGACCCACCACGCAGGCGGACGUCCCCCGUCUGGUCUCAGCCGUCGACGCACCUCCUUCCGUGGUCCACCGCCCAGCUUCUACCGCAACGGCGGAUGGGGUGCCCACGAGGAAACGCGGCGUCGCGCCCAUGAGGAAUCCACCAGCUCUGCCUCCUCGUCCUCGUCCGCCCACGCCAACCCCUGGUCGCACGCCCAAAGCCCCUUUCGCCCUCACGAUGCGCCUCCACCGCCGCCUCAUUUCGAUGAGCAAUCCCACGCGCGCACCCAUCAGCGCGAGGAUCGCCGCCGCUGGCAGCGACAGCGUCGAGCCGUCGGCGACGACGACGUCGAGUUCGAACCCCAGACGAGCCUGGCUGGCCACUUCCUCAUCGUCGCCGGCAUCCUCGGCGCCACCUUUCUCGCCCCCUUGGUGUACCUGCAGUUUGUCCGUUGGGGAAGGCGAAAAACGGAGCGGCCAUAG